AUGCAACAGCACUAUGCUACGGACUACAGCGAGGGCAUUGAUUUCGUUCGAGAUCGCUUAGCAGAUUCCCUGCAGUUGCUGGGGCCUGAGGAAAUUUUGGGCCCCACCUUCACCCAUCGAGCAUUCGUUCACAAAGAUCUGCAGUGUGCUCAGUGUACCCAGAAAAGACUGAAGUUUUGA